AUGUCAAACUUCCACUACGGCGCUCCUCACUACGCUACUGCUAUGCAGUCGCACCCUCACCCUUCUCACAACCACCACGGUCGCUCACGCCGCGGGCCUCGUGUCUCUUCGGCGCAGAAUGCCCACCGUCAACAGCAAUUCAAGGCCCAGAGAAGCCCCAAGGAACUUCCUGAGACACCUGCCUACAGCGCAUACAUCAGGGACUUUGAGGCUGCAAAGGGCUUCGAGUUUGAGGAUGACGAGGUUUUCUGCCCCUUCCACCUCCUGACCGAGGACGAUGUAAGUUCUGACACAUGUCUUGUUGUAUACAAAUCAUCAAUACUCAUGUCAUCCACANNGCUCCACUCUAUCCAUUCUUCCGCUUCUUCCGACAGAUCAUCCCUGUCGUCUGGUUCUCCUGAUGCCUCUCCGCUGCAGCACCAAGCUCAGCCUACUCCCUUCCUGCUCCCCUCUGCCGCUGCCUCCUACAACAACAACUCUUUCCAGCAGAACCAGAUGAAGCUUCACCAGCCUAUGGCCCAGCGCACUCGCAAUGCCAUUCCCAUUGUCGACCCCAGCACUCGCGUCAUCGCAAGCCCUCCNCCAAGUGUCUCGCCGGCCCGUCAGAUGCAGGGAUACAUCAGCCAGCGCCGCUGGUAG